AUGAUACAGCCUAUCCAGUUUGACGGGCCUCUUCCGCUCAACUCUUGCAGCGAUCACCCAAUCAGGUCAAGCAAUAGCACGAGCCUGGAAUUCGGCUCUCCUGCUUUGACUCUUGAAUUGCAUGAAGAAAUGACGGCGCCCUGUUUCAACCUAUGCCCGUACAACCUCACUGGCUUCCGCAAAACCAAGAAUUCUCCACGGGGUGCUAAUGAACGAUAUACAGGCUUGCCACCCAUUAACUCGCAAUAUUUUCCACAUAAAUUGUCAUCCAAGUUAUCCAAUGGCACCACUUUUGUCGAGGCAACGCACGGGGCAGGGGCUGUGCCGGGCAAGCCAAAGAAUGCAAGAAUUUAUCCUGUCGCCAAUUAUUUUAACGCCCCUGCGCUUGUGCCGCCAGUUUUUGACGUGCAGGCACAGUGGUUGGUCUCAGCGUCAGACAUCCACUGCCAGAAAGGGGGCUUGCUCCCUUAUGGGCCCGCCCAAACCGCCAGCAUUCUUGACGCCAGGGAACUGGGAAGCUUUGUCGUGACGGCCGAUAGCUCAUCCACGUUCUCAAGUGAUGGCCAGCUCGGUCCUGGGCCCACUCUCUGGAAAAGCGAGACCUCGACUGAGGUCACCAGUGACGCCGAUGAUGAUGGGAUCGGCACUGGCAAAGGUCAACCCUAUGUGACAGAAGCUCCCCAGCUGGCUUCCUCUCCUUUCAUUACAACAUCAAGGUCUUCCCCACUGCAACAACCUUAUUUCAGCACACACCCUGAUCAAGCAACCCUUCUCCAUUCAUAUUCUGGUGAUACUACACUCUUUAUUCCGUUGCCAGAGGACGAUUACGACCUGACAGUCGAUGAUGAAGAAGGGUCGUUAGCUGACCAGCAACGUUCCACCGACCUCCCGGAAGCUCCAAUAUUUGUCCAACAAAUGAAUCAAUUAGACGCCAAUGCCCCCUAUCCUGGUUGCCCCCAUGCUACUGGCUUACAUCCUGAAGACCAGGGCUCUGAUGCCUACGUUGCCCCCCUCUCCGAUGAUAGACUGCUAUCAACAAUCCUGAAGUUGCGUGAACGACAAUAUGACGGAGACCGACACUUUGGAAUGGAUCAGCUCAGUUAUCCGAGUAACCUGCAUAUCCGCAAUGGCAGCAUGAGCGACAUGAGCACUUGUUGUGGCCGGUCUCUUAGCCGAGAACCGUUAACUCCCAAGCCACCGAAAAGAAAAUGGUGGGAAAAGAAGAAGCCCAAGCAACCACAGCCGUCUUUACCGUUCCUUAAUUUAAGCUCGAAGAGUUCUUUUUCAAGCGCAUCCAGCCAGUACCCAACACUAUUGCGCUCCCGAAGUUGCGAGGCCGUGCCCAGUCAAUCGAUGGCCGAAAACGAGUAUGCCGGUGAACUUCAGAUCGAUGUACGUAUCGCCGAGAUCCAUUCUCGCCAGCGGUAUCUGUUGCGUCUCUGCAAGGCGUUGAUGAAAUAUGGUGCCCCCACACACAGGCUGGAAGAAUACAUGUGCAUGACCGCCAAGGUAUUGGACGUUGAUGGUCAAUUCUUGUAUAUCCCUGGCUGUAUGGUUGUGUCCUUUGAUGACCCUACCACACGCGCCACAGAUGUGAAGCUGGUCAAGGCUGUGCAAGGUGUCGACCUCGGCCGAUUGUUUGAUGUCCACAAAAUCUACAAAGAGGUGAUCCACGAUGUCAUUGAUGUCGGAGAGGCUACUGAGAGAAUAGAAAGCAUCAUGAAGCAAAAGCCCCUUUUCAAUGUUUGGACCUUGAUCUUGGUGCAUGGUUUUGCUAGUGCUUCAGUUGGACCGUUUGCUUUCGGGGCCCGUCCUAUCGACAUGCCAAUUGCUUUUAUCCUGGGCUGUCUAUUGGGAACCUUGCAAUUGGUGCUAUCCCCGCGAUCUUACCUAUACUCAAAUGUUUUCGAGAUCUCUGCGGCUGUCCUCACAUCAUUCCUUGCACGAGCUUUUGGAAGCAUUCCGUAUAAUGGCGGGAGACUUUUUUGCUUUUCAGCUCUGGCACAGUCAUCCAUUGCUCUCAUUCUACCCGGAUAUAUGGUUUUAUGCGGGAGUCUUGAAUUGCAGUCACGCAGUAUUGUGGCUGGGUCUGUUCGAAUGGUUUAUUCGAUUAUAUACUCACUUUUCCUCGGCUUUGGAAUCACUAUUGGCACGUCGGUUUAUGGCCUAUUAGACCCAAACGCCAGCUCGGAAUACACUUGCCCUGCCAGCCCAAUCCAAAACCCAUACCUCCAACGGCUACCUUUCGUCCUAAUGUUCACAUUUUGUCUGUCAACAAUCAACCAAUCCAAGUGGAAACAAAUCCCGGUGAUGCUGAUGAUAUCUCUAUGUGGAUAUUUGACCACAUAUCUGUCAACGAAAAGAUUGGGAUACAACACCCAAGUGGUCAAUGCAUUGGGGGCCUUUGUCAUUGGAGUAAUGGGGAAUCUUUACAGCCGACUGGGACAUGGCCUUGCAGCAGCAGCAAUCCUUCCGGCGAUAUUUGUUCAAGUUCCAUCUGGUCUCGCUUCAAGUGGCUCAUUGGUGUCCGGUCUCACUUCGGCCGAUGAGAUAAGCCGCAACACCUCGUUCUACUCUAUUAUAAACAACGGAACACAGGGCUUCCUCGAAGCUCAACAGAACAUUUCCUUGUAUGGAAGCAAGGCGUACAGCGGGGUCGUCUUUGACAUUGGAUUCGGAAUGGUUCAACUUGCCAUUGGCAUCACUGUGGGCCUAUUUCUAGCUGCACUGGUCGUCUAUCCAUUGGGUAAAAAGCGAAGCGGCCUCUUCAGCUUCUAA